AUGAAUUGGGUUAAUGAUCAUAUAAUAGAUAAUAAUGAAAAUAAUCAUAAUUUUAAUGAUAACAUCAACAGUAAUAAUAAUAAUAAUAAUUAUGAUAGUUAUAAUAAUAAUAUAAAUAAAUUAAGUGAUAGUAAUAAUAACAUUAAUAAUAAUAAUAAAGUUGAUGUUUUAAUAACAGAUUUUAAUAGUGGAACAGAAUUAAAAGAUCAAAAAAUUAUUGGUGAAAAAUAUUUAAGAAAAUCAAAUAGUCCAUAUAUUGUUAGAAGUGAUAUUGAAAUUGAAAAUGGUGCUAAAUUAAUAAUUGAACCAGGUGUUAAAGUAUUUUUUGCCCCAAUGGUUGGUAUUGAUGUCAAAGGAAUAUUAAAUGCAGUUGGAACUCCAAACGAUAGAAUUCUUUUGUCGUCUUUACAAGAAUCAAGUUUCGAUAGCCAAACUCUACCUGAAAUAAAAGAACUUGGAGCUCGUUUAGUAGAUGGUCCAAGUCCACUUCAAGGUAGAUUACAAGUAUAUUAUAAAGGAAGAUGGAGAUCAGUUUGCUCAAAUUCAAAAAAUUGGACAAUAUCAGAUUACGAAAUCGUUUGCAGGCAGAUGGGUUAUCAAGGAGGAAAUUUCUGGAAUUGGAUUGAAAGAGUUUGGAAUAAUCACCCUCGACUUCUAUUUGAGGAACCAAACUGUCGUGGUACUGAAUCUUCACUAUUUGAAUGUUCAUGGCAUACACGUCAAUUAGGUUCUGGUGUCUGUGAUUAUCAUAGUGAUAUUGGAAUACAAUGUCUUCCACGACAUGAUAAAUCUUUACCACAUUGGAGAGGAAUACGUUUUAUAAAUGCACCACAUACAAGCACAUUAGCGUUGGAUAAUACAAAUUAUAUAUCAAAAUCGGAAUCAAUUCUAGAAUAUAUUGAUAUAAUUAAAGCUGGAUCUGGAAAUAAUCGUAUAACAACAGCUGCUGUUGAGGUAAUUGGUAUGCCUCCACAAAUGAGUCAUAUCACAAUUGAACAUUCUGCUUUUACCGGAUUGAAUAUUACAAAAUCAGAAGAUGCAUUUACGUUACAUCAUAUUACAAUAAAGAAAAGUAAAGGAUUUGGAAUAUUUGUUAAUACUAGUAGUGGUUCAGCACACUUCGAAGAUUGUAAUAUUAGCGAGAAUGGUGCCGAUGGUAUUCGUUAUGUUGGUCAUGAUUUAAGAUCAGAUGAACGUAAAGAUAGAACUAAAAUUCACGAUUUUUGUACUUUACCAACUACAUCUGGUCAGACUUAUCCGAUUUCAAUAUCGGUUCAGCAAUCAUUAUAUGCUGGAGGACAAAAAGAAUGUUCAAAAUAUUUUAUUACUAAACCAGGGUAUGUUUUAACUGUUCACUUUGUUUACUUUACUAUCAUGCAAAAUGAAACAGCUCAAAUAGAUCUAUUUGACGGUUCUUCAACUAAUGAUAGAUUGCUGGCAACAUGGUUAAUCAGAAAUUCCACUCGUCUGCAAAGUGUUGUAAGCACAAGAGAUAAAAUAUUUGUAAGAUUUAGGGCGAAUCCAAGAGCUGAAUUACUCGGAUACCUUAAAUUAACGACAGGACCUUCAAAAUCGUAUGAUCUUAAUGUAACAAACACCAUUAUAAAUGAUAAUUCCGGUCGUGGUAUUGCGAUUGAUAAUUUAAGAUCCCAAAUUCAUGUAUUGGGUUCAUUCAUAAUGAACAAUGGACACGUUUCUGGUUUACACGUUACAAGUGGUGCUGGAGAUGUUAAUGUCACUAAUAGUAAAAUCAGUUUUAAUCAUGGUGACGGUAUUAAUAUAACUUAUUACGGUGGUCACAGAAAUGUGUCCCGAACUUCUUUAAGCUCAAAUACUGGAAAUGGAUUUGCUGUUUGGCUUAAUGAAACUAACGAUCUCGAUAGAAUGGAAUUUCUUUUUAUCAAUCAAACUACAACUAUUGAAUAUUCUAAGAUUAUUUCGAAUCUUGAAAUUGGAGUAAGGCACGGAAAUUUUUGUGGCCCAAUGUGGGUUAAUAUCACGGGAAAUUAUUUUAAUGAUAGCGUCCUAGAUUCUGUCAAUAUUGGAAGUUGUUGGUUUGAACAAAAGGCUUUGCAAAAUAGACUGAAUUUACAAAUAGGUCAUAAUAAGUUUGAAUAUAAUCAACGUAAUGCAAUCGCUUUAAGCCCUGCUUUGAAUUUGAUUGGAAAAAUUGAAUAUAAUAGAUUCAGGUAUGGAAGAUUUGGUUCGAUUCUUGUUAGAAAUCCAGCGUGGGAAGAAUUUCAAAUACUUCCAGUUCGCAUUAUAGUUCACAGUAACGAGUUUUAUAACAAUCAGGGUUCCUAUGUUAUUUCGUUAGGCGUAACACCGUAUUCAGACAGAGAUACUCAAUCAAUUUUGUUUACGAGAAAUUAUGUUAAAGACAAUGUAAUUAAAGAACCUUUUGGAACUGUAGCUAAAAAAGGAGAGGGUCCCAAUGGUUCUGGAAGAUUAAAUCCAAGAUCUCGAGUUGCAGCUACUAUUGUAGUAUCGUCUAACAAUGUUGAAAUAUUUCGUAACAUUAUCUCGAACCCUCAUUCAGCAUAUGAGAUUGGAUCACAAUUUUCUGAUCAAAGAGAAGUAAUCAACGCGACUUUUAAUUAUCUUGGAGAAACUAAUGAGGAGAAAGUUUUUGAUAGACUAUUUCACAGAAAAGAUCGUUACGAUUUAGCUAAAAUAGAAUACAUACCAUAUUUGCUACAUAGAUCGAACCCAGGAACAACGUCAGUUCUCAGUAUUCCACAAUUUGUUCCUAAGUUUUUAACAACAGGUUCCGAAUUUAUUGGUGGUGAAGUUGAUGGAUUAGAACGUAUAACACCAGGAGACUACACAGUUACAAAAGAUAUUAAUAUAAGACCAGGUGGUAAAUUAAUUAUUGAACCAGGGGUAAAAUUAUAUUUUGAACCUAGCGUAGGAAUGAUGGUAGCAGGAAAAUUGGAAGCAAGAGGAAGACGCCCUAAUGAUAUAAUGUUUACACUCAAACGAGAACCUGUUAUGUUCGAUGAUAAUGAUGCGGAAAAUAUUCACCAUUCCGGUGAAAGUGAAAACAUGCAAGUAGUUGAUAUUGAAACAGGAACUGUAAUGAAUGCUUCGGAACCCCCAGAAGUUCCAAUUAGAUUACUUGGCGGAAAUACAAAUCGUGAAGGUCGGCUACAAGUAUAUUUAGAUGGCCGUUGGGGAACAGUGUGUGACUAUGGGUGGUCAAUAAUUAGCGCCGCUUUAGUUUGUAAUCAGUUGGGUUAUGCAUUAAAUCCUAUGGAUUGGCGAAUGUUACAAUCUGAAAUUCCGGGGAGCGGUACAACUGAAGAUGUUUUGUUAUCAAAUGUAAGAUGUACCGAACAUGACACAGAUGUAACAAAAUGCCAAGCAGAACGAGCGUCACGUGGAGAGUUCGAAAAUUCUUGUACUCAUGAAAAUGAUGUUGGAAUGCGAUGCUAUGAAGGAGCUUGGGCUGGUUUAAGGUUUAGUGCUUUAGCGGAAAGAGCUGAUUUACAGUACAUUACCGUAGAAAAAGCUGGUCUGUUUGACUAUACAACAAAUUCAUUUAAAGCAGCCAUUCAACUAGAUUUUGCUCGGCAUAAUUUUGAUAAUAUACGAGUUAUUAAUAAUUUACAUGAUGGAAUGAGUGUUAUUUACUCCCAUAUAUUUACAGACAAUGUAAAUAACGUAAAAGAUUCCGAAUUUUCUCAUAAUAAUGGUAAUGGAAUAAGUUUGAAACAAUUAGGACUUAUGGUUGAUAGGACUGAAAUUACGGAUAAUCUUGGUAGCGGAAUAGCACAUAAUCCAGUACUCUCUGCAAUAGAGCAAAGGGAACUUUCUGGAUGGUUCUAUAUACCCCCAGAUUUUAGCUCACUAGAUCUUAAAUAUGAUCCAUAUAUGUUACCCUCUAAUGAUCGCAACAUAGAUUUGGAACAAUAUGAUACUAAACAUAUAUUAACAGAAAGACAUUUUGGUGAAGAAGUAGAACGAAAAAUCAAUAUUAGAUGUCCACCUGGCUAUGUGAUUGGUAUACAACUAUUGAAUCCAAUUGAAAAUCGUUCAACAGAAGAAAUUUUUAUUUUCGAUUCUCGUACUGAGAAUUCUCAUUCAGAUAUAUGGCAAGUCAAAAGAGAUCUUUCCGUGUUUCCGAUGACAAGUAGUAGUUAUGGAGUUAUUCUGUUAUAUAAAAGUGGUACGAGAGCCUUGGGUGGAACAGUACUACAUGUUUCUAUAUUAGGAGCGCCUGUACAAAAUAUUCGGAAUAAAAUUGUUCGGGGUCCCGAACCAACUCUUAAAAUUCAGUUAUCGCAAAUAAAACGUAAUUUUAGAGGAAUAUCUGGAACGUAUUAUAAUAGAUAUUUAGGUGAAAAAGGAGAACAUUUUCUGAGAAAGGCUAAUGAGUCAAUAAAAAUUAAUUAUUCUGAAAUAAGUAACAACAAACACGAGGCUAUUUAUAUUGAAGCACCCUUUUGGGAUGUCCACGUUAGUAAUUUAUCAGAAACAACAAUUCAUGUAAAUAAUUCCCUAAUAAUGAAUAAUGGACAAGGUAUUCGUCAAUUUUCUAAAGACUUACGUUCGUCAAAUAACUUGUACCACUAUGUACUUCAAAGUGUAACAAUUGAAGGUAAUUACCAUGGAGGGAUGGAUAUUAGUCUUCCCUAUGUUUGGCAAUAUAACGAAAAUUUUACUCAUUCAAUUUAUUUAAACAAUAACACAUGGAAAUCCAAUUCCGCUUUUGAGAUUUCUAUCAAAGGACAUUACGCUCAAUUCAAUAUGUCUUCAAAUGUUUUUAUUAAUAAUAUUUGUAAAACUGGUUUAGUAACUUUACGAGGAAUGGAGAAGAAAAUUAAAAUUGAUAAUAACCGAAUCGAAAAAAAUAAUGCGCAAUUUAUUUUUGAAUUUAAGGCCGACAGUUUAAGUGAAAUUAUGGGUGAAGUUCCAGCAGUUGUAACAUUGAAUUCCAUUGAAAACAAUAAAUAUGAUCCAUUCGCCAGUCAUCGUCCUUCCCACUUAAUGACUCCAUUAAAGAAGUUAAGAUCUUAUAUAAAAGAUCCUACCACUGUCAUCAAAUUUGGUGGAAUUCAGAAAGCUCAUGUAACUAGAAAUAUUUUCUCCAACAAUGAAAUGGAUUAUGAUUUAAUAGCUGGUAUUAAGUCGGCACGAAUAAAAAAUUAUUUACUUGCUCAAGAAAAUUGGUGGGGUACUACUGAUCCAGACAAAAUUGUAGCACGAAUAUUUGAUUUUGACGACUGGAAUAAUCACGCAGAAGUUAUAUAUGAACCGUAUUUAAUAGAGCCUACAUUUGAUGGAAGUAUUUCAAUAAUUAGUAGCUCCAAAGUUGACAUUUUAGAUUUGGAUCAGUUUGGAGGGAGAAUUCUAAAUGAUGUUACUAUAAAUCGACGUGAUACUCCAUAUUUUAUUCAAUCGGAUUUAACUGUCAUGCCUGAUGCAACUUUAUCUAUUAAUCACGGAGUUGUAAUGGAAUUUAGUCCAAAUGUGGGAAUUUUGGUUUUAGGUACCUUAAGAGCAGUUGGUUUUAGAGAUUCUGAAAUUAUCAUGAGGGCUGCAAGAAGUAAUCAAUCGAUGGCAUUAAAUCGGUUUGAAAGAUCAAUUGAAGCUUUUGAAAAUUUAAGACAGUAUGAUUCAAUACGACUAUGUACUGGUCGAAAUUGUUCUUCGAGUGAAAAUGAGGAUGAUAAGUAUGAAGGAUUUUUAGAGUACUUCAAUCACACAACAAGACAAUGGGUUCCAAUAUGUGAUAGACGAUUUACAGAACGUAACGCACAAGUGGUUUGCAGAGAAUUGGGUUUUGAUCCAAUAAAUAUUUACUAUAGUCAUGACCGUCGAAUUGAAUUUCACACAAAUUCUUUAACUCGAAUUUGGUCUUGGGUUGAACCAAUGGAAUGUCAUGGAGGUGAAUCUAGAUUUGAAUUAUGUCCUGAAAGAUUAAAUGGCCAGCUAUACGGAAGAAGACAUGAAUGCCAUUGGGAUGAUCAAUUUGUAUUCGUGAGUUGUAAUGGAAUACCAAAUAAUAAAAACUAUUGGGGUGGUAUACGAUUCGCUAAUUCUGACUUCGAAGAGUUAAAGUCAUCCGCGCAACAGAGUCAACUGGAAUUUGUUAGAAUUGAACAGGCUGGUAUGUUGCAUAAUGAAAAAUCACCAGCGAUAGAAGCUGUUUAUAAGACACCAUCAAUUAGUUACGUCACGAUAAACGAUUCCGUUCAUCACGGAAUUAAUCUAAUAUCACCUGUUGACACAAUCAGAAUACAAUACUCAAGUAUAAAUAACGUACUAGGUAAUGGAAUAAAUAUAAUUUCAAUGACUGGGGAGAGUAGACCAAGCGAUGAAUCAAGUUUUUCCCCAUUGAAAAACUUGGAUUUGCCGUAUAAUAUAUUUUCAAUGAUAGACAUUUGCGAUACAAUGAAAGAAAUAACAAUUGAAGAACGUGUAAUUUUAUAUUAUAAGUAUGAUAAUAAUCCAGUCAAUUGUGUAAAAAUUUUCGAAACAGCACAUCGUGUAAAACCUAUUGGUUUCAGAUUACUUCAAGCAAAUUUAUUCAAUCAUUCCAAAGAAUACGGUCGUACUGAUGCUUUACAUUUAUAUGACGGAGAUAUUUAUAACAUGUCGUCAAUAUUUAUUGACAAAAUAGAAGCGAAUUCACCAAAUGAAAAUAGAUUUUUUAAAACAAAGGGUUCAAUUUUAAGCGUUCGUUUAAUUGCCAGUGGUGCACCAGCUUUCCAUGGUUUCUUUGCUGAAGUUGUAACUGUUCCAAUAUCAACAAUCGGUUUUAAUCGAGGAGUCCAACAUAACAUAACAUAUACCGAAAUUUCAAACUCCAAUGGAGGCGCUGUGGCAUAUUCAUCGGCGGGAGAACUCACUCCAAUUUUAACUUUUGAACGUAAUCGUUUCGAAAAAAAUUGUAGACAGUUAUAUGGAAAUUUUUCCACUUGUGAGCAAGUUUUAAAUAUUGAUGUUCAAAAUAUGCCUCAUCUUUAUUUUAUGAAUAAUUUAAUAUCUGAAAAUCAAGGUGGCUUAAGAAUUCGAGCUGAUUCAAGAGGUCGUGCUACAACAUUAGAUGGUGAAAUUCAACAUAAUUUAUUUGUUAAAAAUAAAAAUCGACCAUGUUUACAAGUUGAAGGAAGGCAGUCAUCUUUAGAUCAAAAAGUAACAAUUUUCAAAAAUUAUUUCAGCCAGAAUAAAGCAAAUUAUGAAGUUGUUAUAAGACUACAGCAAGUUGUUUCGAAUUUUACACAUAAUUAUGUUCAUAGUAAUCAAGGUGGCAGAAUUAUGGAAAUUUCGGGUUUUGAUAACGUCAGAUUAAAUGAUUAUCAGACAACAGUACAUAAUGGAUUUUAUGAUAAUGUUGCGACUGAUUGGCGAGGUAGAGCUACAAUUGUUGCUGGAACAGCUGGACAAAAAUAUACGGAUAAUAUAUUUUAUAAUCCAGAUAAUGAUUAUGAAAUAAUGACUGUAAAUAGAUCAAUGAUCGAUUAUCAAUUCUGGAGAAACAGCACCGUUGAAAUAUGGAAAACAAAAGUAGAUGCACGAUACAAUUACUGGAGUUAUAAUCAAACGAUCUCAGUUAAAUCAAGAGUACGGGAUAAGUCUGAUGAUCCUAUAUUAUUAGAAGUUGAAGUUAUACCAUUUCAUAUGAAUAAUAAAACUAUAUUAGAUGAAAAAUGCCCACCAGGAUGGUCACUUGUAUUAGAUACAUGUUAUUCAUAUGUAGGAUCACCAAUGACCUUUAAUGAAGCAAGAGAUUUUUGUCGAUCUGAUAAUGCAUCUGUGCCAUUUAUAAGAGCUGACAGUACAACAUUAUGGACAUUUUUGCAAAAAGAAAUGAGUCAUUUGAAAUAUCCUCAAAAAGUUUGGGUGCAAGACUUAAAUUAUAUUGAUCGAUGUACAAGUUUUAUUUAUCAAAGUGUGGAAAUUGAAGAAUGUGAUCUAAAAUUAUCAUUUAUUUGUGAAAUUGAUCCAAAGGUUGUUAUUGCUCCAUUAUCUUGGAGAGCGGACGUUUUUACUAUUAGUAUUAUUUCAGCAUUUAUUAUUGUAGUUUUAUUACUAUUUUUAAUUGGAUUAUGUUGGUAUGCCAAAUCAAAACAUCGACAUGUUCAAAGAUUAGAGCGGCGAAAUAGUAUUAGACAAAGUUUAAGAAGUUUAAAUAGUAUUGAUCCUCAAGGAUCUAUUCGACGUCGAAAUUUUGCAACUUCAUCUAAUACUUUAACAAAGGGAACUUCUAACGAUUAUAAAAAAAUGCAUUCAAAUGGCUCCAUUGAUUCUAUGGAUAAAAGUGUUCUUGAGUCUGAAGCAAGUUUUGAAACAUUUGAUCGAAGUAUAGAUAAUGGUCCAAAUGAUUUUAUUCAUCAAAAUGGAUAUGGUAGAAAACCAAUUGAACAACUAAAUGGAUAUUAUGAUCCAAAGAAACCAAAGCCAAUUUCAAUUGUACCUGCAAUGACUAAAACUGCAACAGUUGGUUCAACUCGAAGUGCUGGAAAAUCAAGAACUUAUGGUUUACCUGAUUAUAAUCCACCAGCAACAAAUUACGAUUUAGCUUUUCGAAAUGAAGGUUUCCGCGAUAAUUCAACAUUCUCAGGUACUCGUAAUAAUUCAUUGAGCACAAAUUUAACCGAAGAUACCCCAAUAAUACAUCAAACUGAUAAUGAGGACAAUGCAUCAGAUUAUUAUGGAAAUGCAAGUACACUGCCAUUAUCAAAUAAAAAUGAUAAUUUAUCAUUUUUAUCUGAACUUAAAACACGUUUACCAGAAUAUGAUUCUGUCGCAAAACCAAAUCAGGGAUUGGGACAUAGUAGUUUCUUUCCUCAUUCUGAAAAUUAUGAUAAACAAAAUCAAAAUCGAUAUCCACCACAUUUACAACAACAACAACAAGAAACGCCAUUACCAUAUCAUAAAAAAAUUGAUCAAUUUAAUUUUACACCAACAUCAGGCACAUCUGAUAGUCUUCAGGGAUCUAAAAAUGAUUUGGAAAUAAGAAGACCGGAUCCAGUAGAUAUACGUAGACCAGAUUCAUAUUAUACAGCAAUGAGAAGUAGUAAAGCGAGUCAACCAAUACAACAACAGAAACGACCGCAGCAAUACCCACAACCACAAGAUGUUCAACAACAUUAUCAGCAGCCCUCACCAUCAAAUUUUGUACCAAAUCCGUCCCCACAAAUUUCCGAAGUUCAAAAGAGGCCAAAGACUGUUUAUAAGCCGUCUAAUGAUAAUCAACAACAAUAUCAGCGAUCAAAAUCAGAAGCUUUAUUAGAAACAAAUUUUGAUGCAAUCCCUGAAAUGGAGGGCAUGAAUAGUGCACUGCAACAAGAGAAUCGUAGUUAUAGUCAACCAUUGGAAACUGCAAUGUAAAAUAAAUAAUGUUUUUGAAAAAUUACAAGUAUAAACUUAAAUAUAUUUGAUUUAUUUUUUUAUAUCAUUAAUAGGUUUUAAGUGUAUUUCUAGAAUAGUUUUCAAUUUUAUGAAAAUUUAUUAAAAAAAAAAAUUUAAAAAAAAUAUAAAAUCGAAAUUCGUUAAAAAUUGUAUAUAUACAAAUAUUAUUUAGGUAGAAUAUUUAAAUUAAACUCAAACUAUUUAAGUGUUAAUUAAUAUUUUUAAUUUUAAGAAUAUUUUUUAUUCUAAUUGUAAUGUAA